AUGAUGCUGCAAGCUCCAAACUUAACCAGUGUGCCCAAUAAUUACAUAUACAUUACAUCUCUAACGAUCUUUCUCGUGUUUGAUCCAAAAACAUGCAGCCGAACUGACAAGUGGGCUCAACCCGCCGUCUCCAACAUGAUGGAUGCACUGUCAGUGGUCACUCAGCUCCGUGACCUCGCCUCAGAGCCGCAGAACCGUGAGGCGAUUGUCCAGGACCAGGGAUGUCUCCCUGGGUUGGUUCUGUUUUUGGAUCACAAAAGUCCUGAGGUGCUGUUUGCCACUUUGCAGACCUUGCGUUACUUGGCUGAAAUGGCUCCCAACAUUCCCACAAUGAAGAAUGAGCUGGGUAUGAUGGUCAGCUUAGAAAAUCUUAUGGGAAGAGAGGGCCCAUCUCUAGACAUCACAAACCUGGCUAAAGAGGUCUAUGACAUUCUUAGCAAACCCACACUCAGGCCACCCACACCUGAAAGGACCAAAGGAAAGAAACCUCAGUUUUUCAUCAACUCAUCAAAUAAAAAAGCUAAAUCUGUGACCCUACACAUCCAGGGGCUGGACAGCUUUGAACGGCGUAGUCUAUGUGAAGAGGCCCUUCUAAAGGUCAAAGGAGUUAUCAGCUUUACUUUCCAGAUGGCUUCUAAAAGAUGCACAAUUCGUAUUCGCUCAGAUCUUCCCACAGAAAGUCUGGCAACAGCGAUUGCUGCUACAAAGAUACUGUCAGCCCAGCAGGUGGUGAAGAAUGAAGAAGGGGGAGAGGUUCUGGUCCCUUUGAAAGUGAGUGGAGCAGAAGUACAACAGAACACGGCUGUGCCAGACUACCUCCCGGAGGAUGAGGACAGCCCAGAGAAGGACCUUAGCCGUGCUGUCUCUCGCACCACGGCUAAAGACGACUCAAGUGGGAGCUGGCUCAAUGCUGCUGCUGGUUUCCUCACAAAAACCUUCUAUUGGUGA